AAAAUUUACUUUGGCCAAAAUUAAUCAGUCAGCUUGAUGUCCUAACAUUUACUUUUCUCUUUUGUUGUUUGCAAUGCUUCUUGGAACUGGGACAAAUAUCAGGCGUGUGCUCAUGUAAAUCUGAGGUAUGUACUAUAUAAAUGAGGCCCCAGCUCUCGCUACCUAGCUACCAUCUGAGCUGUAUUCUUAGAUCUCUAUUUCUGAAAGGGAUCAGCUUUCCUCAGGUGCCAUGAAGGCACUAGUAGCUUUAAUACUGCUUGUUCAGCUUCCAAUUCACAAAGCUGUACCAGCAGCUCCCCCUGCUCCCUUGGGCUGUGAUGACCCAGAAUCUGAAGCAGCAGCUGAAGCUGCUGUGAAUUAUAUUAAUGGCCACAGUCAUCAUGGAUACAAGUUUGCCUUGAACAGAAUCGAGGAUAUCCGUGUGGUACCCCAGGGGCCAAAUAAUGACAUCAUAUUUCUUGAACUUGACUUACUGGAGACCACGUGCCCUGUUCUCAGCCCUACACCUCUUGCAAAUUGCACAGUGAGGAGCUUUGCAGAACAUGCAGUUGAGGGUGACUGUGAUGUUAAACUGCAGAAGGUGGAUGGGGUAUUAUCUGUACUUGCUAGCAAAUGCCACUCACAUGCAGACUCCAGUGAAGACAUUCUCAAAGUCUGCCCUGACUGUCCACUGCUGGCAAGAAUGAACGACACAGAGGUGUUAGAAACUGUGUCAGCUGCACUCAAUGACUACAACAGCAAAACCACUGAUUCUUACCUCAGACUCCUCGAGAUUGGAAGAGCCAAAAUACAGUAUCACCCAGGGCAAGUUGUUUUUACCGAGUUUGCUGUGGGUGCCACGAACUGCUCUGCACAAGAAGCUAAAGCCAACGUGGGGGCUUGUCAGCUGCUGCCUGAGGAUCAGUCUAAUUUUGGUUUCUGCACAGCAGUGAUGGUAAAAGCUCCCACACAAGACCUUCAGGUGGACUGCCAGUUGUAUGGACAUCAGCCUGGAGUUACCUAUGCUCAUCCAGGUCAAGACACAUCAGCAGGACUGGCACCCAGUGCUGUGGGUGUCACAAACCACAAUCUUGGGCUUUUCCACAAUAACCCUGUUGCAUCUGAAUCCAGCUCUUCAGAAAUGUUCCGUUCCAUGCUCCCAGCAAAACCAGUAGCAAAGAGAGCAGUUGCAGAGGCUGCUCAGCAUGACAAAGUCCCUCGUCCUGUUGGCUUUGUGCCUCCUCCUCCUCCCUGCCCUGGCAGGAUUCGCUAUUUCGAUAUCUAGGCUGUGUUUCAGACAUGCAAUGCAGCCAAACUGAGAGAUCAGUGCAGCAGCAACAUGCAGACCACAACAUCGACUACAAAUAGCUGAGAACACUUGCCUCUCAGCCUGAAUGAGUUUUACCCUCCAGAGGGGAGAGCCAUGGUCAGGGUCUUGCAAAGGCCUGCUCCAAAAUAUAGAUUGUUACAAUUUAUAGCAGUAGUUUACUUUACAUACAGGGAUUCUCUAGUUAAAAUACAGAAAACAUUGUUUCAGUGAAACUGUUGUAAGAGCUAUACAACAGUUGUAGCUUUGUGAUAGAAACACCACGUGAAAGGUUAGUUCACAAUAAAAUGUUCAAAGCUUUGCUACCUUC